AUGUGGUAUUACUCAUGGCUACUGCUUGCCUCGGUGAUUUCUGCUGUGUGUGCUGUCCUCGCUAUCAACAAAUUCCGUCACAAGAAAAGUUACUUUGUCGGCUCGUUAAACAUGGCUGGAAGUGCUGAAUCAGGAGUUGUUGGACCACCAAGCCUUCAACGACCACCACCAGAACAACGCAAUACACAAAGUAGAGCCGUCGUCUUUCGUAAAGUGGUACUUCGAUGCGUUGGAUAUCCCAUCAUACCUUUGAUAUCCAAGAUGUGGGGUGUGGGUAUUCAAAUUGCAGCCAUUCAAAAAGACUAUAUUCCAUUCUGCAUCUUUGUGCUCGAUAUGCUAUUUUCGAAUCUCUUAGGGUUCAUGGUGAGCAUUGUAUUCUUUUCAGAUCCAUCAGUAAUAGCGGUGAUACACGAGCUUGCUGUACAACUGAAAAGGCGAUACGUGGAUGACUACUUUUCGGUGGAUAUACGAUCACUGGAUGAUGAGGAGGGCACUGGUACAAGUGGCACUCUUGCUCACAGCGGGAAGUUUGGCACAGGCCAAGUUUCAUAUCAUUCCAAAACGAGCGACAAGAGAGCAUUCCCUGAUGACAAACAACAGCAUCCUCGAGAGACUUUGAAGCAUACAGAGUCUGGCACCAGCAUCACAUCACAACGAUCAUUUAGUGCUGAUGCUGCGUUAAUGUUGUUACAUCCACGUACGCCUGAUUCUGAAGCUACGAGUAGUAAUGGAUCGUCGUCAAAUAGCAGCCAAGGAAGAAAGACAAUUAUGGUGGGCGCCCUCAUGUCCAAAAAUGAAAUUACAAUAUCCACCACACGUCGAUCAACAUUUCCACAAUUGACACCACCGAUUAGAAAACCAUCACCAACACUUGAAAUCCCACAACGACCUCGUAAAAGACCCGUGUUUGAUAUGACGCAUACACAACAACCAGCAGAGCAACGUCGUCGACCUGGUAUCCAAUCAAUGCCAGUUUUGGAACGACAACGACCAUCCUUUGGCUUUAGCUUCUUUUCAUGCAUAACAUCGAAUUCGGCAUCUCCAGACUUGGAGCAACAAGGAAGAAGGCGAUCCGCUCGCCAUAAACGCAGCCAUUCAGUACCAAUGCAUCGUGUCACAGCAUCAUCCGAUCAUCGAUUUGAUCAACAACUCAACCAAGAAUGGCCACUUGAACCAGAAAAUGAGAACAACAGAGCUCGUAGCUUUGGAAGGAAACGUGCCAGCAUGUCCGGUAGCUUAUGGCGAAGCAUGGAGGAUUCAAGAAACCUUGUUGAACCCUAUACACAUCCACGAUUUGCUAUGGCAAUGCAUUUUUUCCUUGUCACUGUAUGUCGUAUCAAGCCAGCGAAUGAAGAGGAUGAUGAUGAUGAUCAUAUUUCAGUGGAAGUGACCGAGAAUAUGAACAUGAUGCCCAACAGGAAAUCCUUGGCCGAGUCAUUGUCAGAGAAUUUGAAUGCAACACGUCGACGACAAAGCCAACAACAGCAGCUGCAACGUGAAGGACAACCCAAAUUUAUACGGCCAUGUAUGUUACGAGGAGAAACGGUGGAUACAUGCUCUACUUUUGGAAGCCAAAUGCCUGAUAAUCCACUCUUGUUCCCAAGUGCGAGUAAAAGCAGUACACCGGGUGAUAAGAUACAAAUGGAGGAAUUACCCAAAUCGUCUUUGGCUCGGAGGACCAUGUCUGAAAUCAAGGGCAAGGCACCCAUGCGCAUGUUUCAUCCACGAGAGAUUGAUUAUUUUAAUCAACCCAUGAGCCCAACGCAGACUUUGAAUGAUCCCAACUCUGAUCAACCCGAUGGCAUUGGUGCACCACAACAGCAACCAAGCGAUCAUUUUGUAUUCACAGUGACCGAUUCUACAAGCUCUGAAACACAACAUCGAGAGAUUUUGUCACCGACACGUGCUGCUGCUGCUACUACUACUACAAGUAACACCAGCAUGCCAUUAGACGCCCAACAACCAUUACCUAUACGACCUAGACCCAAGCUAUUGGAACGUAUCUCUGAACCAGCCAUCAUGAAUGGGAAGCAUGCAAAAAAGCCAUCAUCAUCCGAAUCAUCGGCUGAAGCACCAACAUCCACAUCAGCAGAUGCAUCGGGGAGAGGGUCUGGUCGAUCUAUAUUACAGCAUGUGUGGGUUCGUGGUGUAUCACCUACAUCACGUAGCUUCAAGGUGGCCAAACAAAUUGCAAAAAGGGGUGAUAGUAGUAGCUCAUCACUCACUCAAGCCAAACCCACCAGCAGCAGCACCAUGCAACAACAGCAACCAACAAUUAUCACUACUGCCGACGCACAUGUUUUAUCACCUUCACCUACAAUGUCAUCAUCAUCUCAUACGCCUUCCUCUUACAAUUCACGUGAUUCGAGCCUUCUUUACCCUCAUCAUUUGACUGCACGACCUCGAUCUCGACAACCCACGGUGGCUGCACCUCGAUUACCCACAGAGGAACAAGACCAAGAGAGAGGACAACAUACUGAAACCCAUAUACUACGUCGUUUGCCACGUUUUGUUGCUGCUGAUUUUGGUGGUUUACGAUCAACAAGGGAAGCAACAGCUGAGAAUCAACAAGAUCGUUCUCGACAACAACGGCAGGAAGAAUACGAUCGACGCUUAAAUGAGUUGCGGAAAUACCAAGCAUCCCAAAGACAUGCACUCGAUCAGCAUCAUGCCAUCACCGUUGGAUUCAGCUUUGGUGUCACACGCUCAGUCUAUGUAGGCAAUUGGGAUCAUCAUGAUAGAAUCACUGUUGUUGAAGAGCAAUGGGAUAUCGAUGCAUUGAUUGAAAGGUUCAUUAAUGCGUAUACCGGAUAG